CCAAUUUUGAAUUUGGGAGAACCAACCUGACAGAGGCGAGCCGAGGAGAUCGUGGACUGCACAGACACACACACAAGCAGCACACCAGCAGCACACACCAGCAGCACACCAGCACCCCAACCAGCCAACCCACCCCAUCAAUCAACCAAGCAAGCGGGCAGUGGCAGUGGCGAGGAGUGGAACAGCACACAAGCAAGUCAACCGAGCAGCCAGCUGACUGAAAGCGAGCGAGCAGUUGGUCGACCGAGCAGUUGACUGGAAGGCGAACGCGUGAGUUAAAACGAGACAAUGUCGUCUGCAACGCCAACGACGCAGAGGCGUGCCCUCGCCAGCAUCUCCGUCAACGCGGCGCAGAAGACACCGCUCAACAAACACACGCCCCAAAAGCCGACACCACAUGCAGCAGCGACACAGGUGGAGAAGCCCUCAUGCCCAGCAAAACAGACUCCGCAACAACAGCGAUGCACGGAACCGUCAACACCGCACCAGGGACAUGAACAAGCCAUGGCAUCCAGCCCAGCUGCCGACUGCUCAGCACAACAAACAGAGCUCAGCGCUGACGCUGACGCUAUGACAGGCGUGGCAAAGGACGUCAAGUCCCUAUGGUCGGAGAUGCUGGACUUUUUCCGAACAAGCCCGCUCUGGAAUCCCGAGCACGACGAGCACACACCAAACACGUCCAGUCGCCGUAGGACCAAAACCGUCAGCAGCAGCAAUAACGGCGGCAGCACUAGUGGCAAGUCAACCAGGCAGGGUGGGAGAAGAGGGCGACAAAGCCGCCAGAGUGCCUCGCGAUCUCCGACAAAGCGCAGCCGACGCACACGCAGCCAUGGCCGCGCAUCGGUGUCGCCAUCAGCAACAGCGGCAGCCCACCUCUCGCGGCGCUCCCCGCAGUCUCCGCCACGCCAGCAGAUGCGCCGACGAGGAAAACCAAGCAAAGCCAGGCUGCUGAAGAAGAAGCACAAGGAAAAGCCUGCGCUCACGCCCAACAAGGACGGCGUCAUGGUGGAGAAGAUUGGGCUGAUGGCGCUUGGCCCAGGCGAAAGCCGUGAGCUGGAGGACUUGUCUGGCCUCAAGAGCAAGCGCCAGGGCGAGAUACCAUCUCAGCCUGCCACGCCUUCCUCGGCCGAAUGGCGCUGGACAAAUGCAGAGCAGCGGCGUGUUGAACUCAGACGCUUCUAUCGCCUAAGCCCCCUCAAGCCGAAACAACGCCGCGAACGGAACCACUACCGCAAGAAGCUGGCUGAGUUUGAACACGACGACAACAACAGCGAUAACAACUCCAGCGUGGCGUCGCCCAUGGCCGCAGCAGACGCGUCCACGCCAUAUCGCAAGCAGCUGCUCCUCUCCCGCUCACAGACACCAAGCCAGAGAUUGGCAGACCACAUCCAGGCCAAGCCACUUGACGGAGCAGAUGAAGCUGAACACGGCAACGAGACUGGCACAGAUGCAUCAACGCCCAAGCCGCCAUCGCCCUCGCCAGUGCGGCGACAACGAAGGCUCAACGCCAUUCUUGCUUCCCUUCUCGACUCCCCAACAACAGCUCCAUCAUCAUCGUCGUCGUCGUCGUCGUCAUCGUCGUCGUCAUCAUCGACAGCCACAGCAACGCACCUGCCUGCUGGCACAAGCAUCAAAACAGCAACGGCACCACCUACACAAGGCUUGUCAGCCGCGCUCCAGGCAACGUCGCUCAAGCCAGCCUCAUCAGUGCCAGCCUCUUCUAUCACAACCAACGAGGAAGCGAACCAGAGCACAAAGACAAACGCAACAGCUCCAAGUGGUGCCCCGCCACCACCACCACCUCCUCCUCCUCCACCUCCACCUCCACCACCAGCGCCUCCCGCACUGCCCACGGGCCAACUCGGGAGCACCGCUGGUGUGAAGCAGAUGGGUCAAAGUGGCGGGAAGCCGGCCGAGACUGCUGUGCUGAACAAGUUGCAGCGUCGUCUGCGUGCUCGCAUGCAGCGGCAAGCGCAGCACGGCACGACCGCUAACAAGGGCAAGCCUGCAGAGGACCCAAAGCUCGUGCGCUGGUUGGAGAUCCAAUCCAAGGCACGGAAAAUCACGCGAGAAGAGUUUGCCCAAAUGGCUGCAUCCAAACGGGAGGAAGUACAGCAAACCCUCAAGCGGUUCAUGCAGAACAACAGCGCUUCCUACGAAGAGGCAUGCCAGGUUGUUGAGUCGCUCGAUGGCUGCUCCCAGUGGUUUCCAGGCGGCACAAAGGAGAUGAAGGAAAAAGUGCCCGUGUGGUGCCGUGCAGAGAAGCGUCUGGAAGCUUUUGUUGAGCACGUGCACGUCGUCAAAGACAUGCGUCAGACACUCGAAACUCCCUUGCCAAGGUUGGAGCAGUUUGAGGCGGAUUUGACGGCGUUGGCGGGCGUGUUCCAUAAGAAGCGGCGCAUGUGGGGCAGCGUGCUGUGCGAGAAAGCGCGCUCGUGGGCGGAGGCGGGCCUCUCCGUCGACACGCAGCUGCUGUCAGACGCACUCGCGCAUCUGCAGACAAUCACGGUGGAGUUUGGCAUGCGCAUAAUCAAGGACUACGAAAGCAUGCAGCGCGCCGGCUAUCGCUUUGCUCGUGCACGCCAGAUCAAGCAGCUGCUUGCCGAUGCGUUGCGCAUGUGCAACGACUGCCUAGCACUCGGUAUUGCAAACAACGAACGCAUUCUUGCGCACGCCAUGUCCAUGUUCGUGCACACACUGCGACUUUCCCUGGACAUGUACCAGCACACCUUCCACGAGCAGCCGCGCGCCCUCGUCACACAGCACUUUGAGGACAUUAUCAAGGCCAUGCAAGAGCUGCGGGAUGUGUGUCAAAGAGUGCCACAUUCCAACACGGCUGGCAUGAGCUACCAGCACGCCAAGAACGCAAAACUGAUUGAAGUUGUUGCCACACGCCCCGACGCGGCCGACCUCUUGUUCCAGUGCAGCAGGACACUGAUGCAGCACAUUAUGCAAGCGAGCAAGGGCGAGCACACUCAGGACAACAAGAAGAACAACGCAAAGCACAGCGAGUCCAAGGAUUUGAUCCUUUGGCUGAUGUUUGCGUGCAAGUUUGUCAACCGCACACUGGAAUGCAUGGGCCCAAAUGCAACCGGCAAGGACGCCCGCAUGACGGAGAUUCUGCAAACGCUGGAGACGAUGGAGGUGCAGCUGCCAGACAACACCAACAUCGGGGAGAGCGCCCUCUGACAUGAUGACGGCAACAACAGACCACACCAGACACAAUUGACCAACUCUGACUGCUGUCCAACCAACCAACCAACCACACAAACAACAACCAAACAACACAAACAAGCAACCAAACAAACAACACAAACAAGCAACCAAGCACGAAUCGUUGUUUGCGUGCGCACACCAAUGACCGCUAGCUUUUUCUUCGCGUUAUCAUGACCCGUUCUCUGCGUUUGCUUCCAUCUCUGUCCCCAAACAGAAAGUUUGCUCUCAUUCACCACAGUAAAACUUCCCGCUCAUGCAA